ACUGUAGUAAAGCUCAACGAAAUGUCAAGUCACAGUGCUUCAUGCUCAAGUGACAUUUCAGUCGACCUAACCGAUGCCUUUCGAAGUAUGAUACUGAACAAGCGUUUCGUCUUGUGGGAUGAUUUUGAAAGCGCCUUAAAAGAGUUCCAAAAAGUAUGGAAUUAUAGUUUUAUCGCUUCUCAGACUACUUAUACUCGUUACAUCCACACAGAGAGCAGAUUGCUGAAGGAUGUCAGGUUCAAAUACCUGUUUGUAUCGUUUAAUUGUACGUUUGGUCAUAAGAGGAAAUCGGAAGGUUUGAAAGUGAGGCAAAAAUCGUCUAAAUUCCGUAAUUGUCAAUCUAAAUUUCGUGUAAGACUAGAGGAGCAAGGAUAUGUCAUCAAAUCCUACAACAUGCUCCACAAUCAUCCAUGUAGUAGUUCAUGGAUGGUAUGUGAUCCAUUGACAAGGAGAUUAUCGUCAGAAGAAAAAGAGAACUUGAAGCCCGUAAUACUUCACUGUGAGUCAGCAGAUGAAGUUAUCGAAAGCAUUAAGGAGAGAACUGGUAAGCAAGUAACUGCUGCCGAUGUCAAAGGGAUGAAAGCUACCCUCUCCACUGGUAAGUGUAUAUAAAUAUAUUUCAGGUCAAAGAAUCCAUAAGCAACGCAUCAUUGAGAAGUAUGGUGAACGUUUUGCAACGGAAGUUGAGAAGAAGGUGGACAAUUAUUACUUAAGAAUUCUUAAUACCAACUUGUAAACUUGAUUUUUUGCUUUAGCAUCAAUGAUUAUUCAAUAAACUGUC